UAUAUAUAUAUAUAUAUAUAUAUAUAUAUAUAUAUAUAUAUAUAUUACAUACAGUAUUUGGACUCCUGCUGCAUUGAGAAACCACAUUAAGAAGUGUGCCACGUAUACCUCGUAAUAAACCUAUCUAGUACUUGUUUUGUCUGUGACUGUCAUUUGUAAAGUCGUUUUUAAAAUAGUAGGUUUUAAUAAAUGUUUUCAAUCUAUGAGUGAGUGCUUUGAUUCUUCUUUCCUAUUGCUUUUUAACAUGUAUUUGGAAGUAUUCCUUUUCAAGACAUUACUAAGAACUGUCAUUCAAGCAUCAUUGCAUCAAUGAUCGUAGAUAGGUGCAAUAUAUGAAUAUGUUAAGGUUUACAGACAACCUCAAAACUUGGAAGUGUUAAACAGAGACUCAGAACCUUAGGUGGUGUGUUGGACACCUUACCAGGAACACCGUCCAGUAAAGCUCAGCUCACAUAUGUAAGUUUAAGGAAUAUGAUCACUAAAAGGCUUACAUAUUUUAUGGAGAGUGGGGAUUUGAUGUCACCCUAGCAGAGUAAACUCAGGAGGAGGAAAGCUGUGUGAGUCAGGUUUGCUUUCAAAGGGCAUAAAGAAUCUUGUGUCUGGGAGAGGGGGUAUGGGGAGAAAUGCUAAGAACACAAACACUAAGUUACAAGUAACAUGCAUCUGAAGUGAGUGGAGAGUAGUUUGGCCAAUGAUUUUGUGUGUUUACUGUAGGCUAAAGAAGAGCACAGCUGUCAGCACAGGUUGCUAAAAACACAGUAGCCGCCUCACAUGGGCAAAUAGAGCUGUAGUAGAAGACACAUUUGUACUUUUGAAAUGUAUUUGACAUUAAAUUGUACCAAGUCUAUGUAAAGUCAGUGUAUGUUUGUCCUGACAAUUCAAUUUCGUUCAUACUUUGACAUGGUGGAUUUUGGUUUUGUGUUUUUGUUAGAUAAAUUUUUAAUUGGUUGUUGGUCUAUAUUCCACAUUCACAGUGGUGUACAGACUUGUUGAAGUGAUAGCUGAUGACUCGUGUUGUCAAAUAAAUGAAGCGUGUUAUGCUUUUGAGUCUUCUCUUGGUUCUUGGUAAUAACUUUUUAGUGUCAGAAGGUGGCGGUAGCGGUCAUGACUGUUUGUAGACGACACUCAAGAAGAAGAAAGGUUCCUCCCACCCACAAAAGAUUUGAACGUUGACGCGGGAUACAGCUGUAACUGUUUACACUAGCCUACUUAGAAAAGACUGUGUGCCGUUUAUAUUAAAAUCAUGAGCCACUGUGAGCUUGAGGAGCUAACGGAGCACAUCAACAGCAGAAUCUCAAAGGUUAAAAACCUCAUGCACUUACGAGUUAUUGGAAAUGACCCAGAGAAACAGAAGAUUUUUCGUAAGAUUGCAGCGGAGGUCAGUGGGAUGACAAAGCUCUUGGAUCAGUUUGAGAAGUGUGUUGCUGAAGAGAGAGAUUCACUAAAACAGUUGGAGGAACUGAAUGAGCUGAUUGAAGAGGAUUUGCAGAAUGCAAUUCACAUGGCAGAGAACAUCCCCAGUCACAUGCCAGUUCCUACAUCUGCUGUCAACGAAGUGUUGCCUGUUCAAAAGGAAAACGAGCAGCCACCAAAGGAUCAGGCUCCUGCCAAGAAGUCUCGCAAACAGAUUAAGGAGAUGGAAUUCAUAACUGUACACGAGUUUGACACGAUACCACCGUACAUGAAAGGUCGAGUGACAUACGACCAGCUGAACUCUGCGGUGCGGAGCAUUAACAAGUCUGUGACCGAGAAGUACAAGAUCCUCCAGCAGCCCCUGAAGACACUGAACAACAUGUCACGCAAGCUCUAUGAUCGCUUCAAGGAGAAUGAGACUGGCGAGACCAGAGGACAUUUCUUCGUGGUGGAGGCUGACCUGCGUGAAUUUGCCCAGGUGACAGUGGACAAGCGCUUCCUGAAUCUGCUGAGCAUGCUGCGCCACUGCCAGCGUCUCAAGGAGACGAGAGGAGGUGGGCUGACCCGCUACCAGCUGCUCUGAGCUCUCUUCUGGAACAGUGGCCUCCACCCUCACUCAGCCUCCAUCCACCUAAACUCACCAGCCAACCUCCAACCAGCCUUCACCCAGCCAUCUCAAUGAAACAACCAUCACAGACUCCUCCUUUUUCUCAACAAACCACACCAACCAUCAAUCAGCAACUACUAGCCUCUAUAACCUCUAACCAGCCAUCUCAAUGAACCAACCAUCUCCAGACAGAAUUCUUAUUUUUUAUUUUUUCCUCAACAAACCACACCAACCACCAGUCAGCAACUACUAGCCUCUUUCAGGAAACCAUACCAAUCUCCACACAGACUCUGCUCUUCUCUGCAAACACUCUGAGACUCAUUCAGAAAAAGUGGAUUUCACAUAUUUCUCCAACCAGGUUACCUCUUAGUUUGCAUAGGUCCUUAAAGCAGAAGUAAUAAGAACUCUUAAAAACACAAACAUACAGGUAACUCAUGUUUAUAUUUAGCAUUAGGUGUAGAAUCACAAAAUGCUGGGUAGAAAACACUGGUUGGUUUUCAUAACCUAAGUAGGUAAAUUGAAACGGUCAAUGAUAAAAUUCUGCUCAUCUCCCUAUGGUGAGCAUCUCCUUCUUGAUCAUCUUGAGCUAACCAUCAUACACAUGUUCUGAGUGCCUUUGUGGCAGAUCUGAGGGCUGUGCUACCAACGGAGGGAGGCUACUAGCUUAUCCAGGUAACGUUAGUAGUAACUGCUGAUCUCAAAAGAACAGGUCACUUUUGAAACAAUAGAUACUUGGGGCCAAUGUUCUUACAGAGAUCAGCGGUUUCUCUCAGAGUUAGCGGGAUAAACUAGUAACUUCACUUCGUAGUAUCUGGCUGCUGCUCAACUAGUGUUACAAGAUAAGAGAGGGUUAAUGGCACUCCCCGAGACAAGUUGUGCUAGUCAGGUCUGCUGAUGUAUUCAGUUGUAGCCAUUUAAAAACUGUAACUGUAAAU